AUGGAUAUCGCCUUCAAACUUGUCCUGUUAGGAGCUACGCUCAUCCUAUCCCACCUUAUCUGGAAUUACUUCCGAUCCCCAUUAAAGUCGUUUCCUGGGCCAUUUAGCGCCAACCUCUCCAAUUUAUGGCGUCUUCAAGAUGUGUUCAAGGGCCUUUGUGACAUCACACAUAAUGAGCUUCACCGCAGAUAUAGAUCUGCAGUCUGCAUAGGUCCCAACGUGUUAAGUCUCUCUGACCCUGCAUUGAUCAACCAGGUGUAUUCUACCAGAGAUCCGUGGGUUAAGGUGAGUAGCGAACGUACCCAGGAUCCACAGCAUAGUGACGUGUACAAUGUGAACGACUCGGUAGUAUCCGGCGUUCGUAUUAAGAAUCUCUUCUCCCACCAAGACGAACAGUGGCAUGCCAAUCAAGAACUAGAGCCCGGUGUCGACAUAACCAUCAACCUUUUUCUGGAAAGCGAGUAUAUCAACUAUUUUACAUGGGACACCAUGAGCCAGCUCAGUUAUUCCCAGUCUAUUGGUAUGCUAGAAGCGAAAAAUGAUCGCUUUGGAAUCCUGGAAGUAUCUAAUAGGUCUCUGGACUAUUUCGCAUCGCCCAAGACGCUCAUUUCCUCGUUCCUGCAGGUGUGCCAAAUCCCGAUGUUGGAUUUACUUCUAGACAAAAACCCCAUCUGCCGCUUGGGGCCUCCUAGCUUUGGGUGGUCCGUGAAAUUCAGCGCAGAACAGUAUCAAGAGCGCUUUACCGAGGGGAAGCAAUCGCACAAUGGCAUCAAAGACUUUCUAGAUCGAUACAUCGAGACCAAAAGCAAGAUGCCUAACAUAGUGGAUGAUAAUGUAGCCCAGAUGUACCUGGUCCUCAAUAUAAUAGCGGGUAGCGACACAACAGCGAGGGCCAUUUCCGCGGCAGUCUAUUAUGAAGAGCUUCGGGGAGCUAAUUUAUCCACGCCGCCCCAGUGGAAGGAGAUUCGGAGUCUCCCUUAUCUCGACGCCGUCAUGCGGGAAACUAUGCUUGUUCAUCCGGGUGUUGGGCUCUUGCUCGAGAGAAUUGUUCCAAAGGGUGGAUUCACGCUACCGGACGGGCGCUUUGUCCCUGAGGGCACCAUUGUCGGCAUGAAUCCCUGGGUCAUUAAUCGCAACAGAACCGUUUUCGGGCCUGAGCCUGAUUCAUUCAAGCCUGAGCGGUGGCUACCGGCGGAGGGCGAACAUGACGAGGCGUAUCAGACUAGGUUCUCGAAGAUGAAAGGUACAGACUUAACCUUCGGUGCAGGGCCCCGGGCAUGUCUGGGAAGAUACAUUUCCCAGUUGGAGAGUUACAAAUUUGUUGCGACGCUAUUCACGAUGUUUGAUGUGAGUUUUGGCUGUUUACAAGAUCUGGAACACCCUGACCAUGAGUGGGAGGUGACCAACUCCUGGUUUGUGAGGCAGAAAAAUAUUCCUGUUGUGAUUCAAAAAAAGAAAGUCUUGAACUGCACUCCCUCAGUACAGUGGGCUAGCACUGCAUUAAUGUAUAUGCCACAACGCGAGUCGUUCAGCCGAGCUCUUCCUCCUCUUCAUUGCGGUCAGAAGUUCCAGAUUGGGACCUCAAAGCUGCAGCACGACUAA